UUCUGCCACUUUCUAGUUUAAGUUUUAGUUCUGUUUUUAAACUCCAGCGCUGGAGAUAGAUGGUAAAAUAAAAAAUUAUAAAAAUAAAGUCGAUAUUUAUCUAAUAACACACUUGUUUAAUGCGGCGGCAUUUUAUGCCAAUUUCUGAUUAAUCUUCCUUGUACUGUGAAGUUACUUUGAUUAGCUGUGCUAACACUACUCGUUCUCUGUGGUGAUUUAUUUCUUGUUCUGUUAUAUCCAUCUUUGGAGAACGGGACAUUUAAUUUUUUCCUAAAAAAACAUUUACUUGAAUUCAUAUUAGAAACUUAAAAUGUACGAGCACACAUUGCAUAUUAAUUUGAUAUUUACAAAUACAGAUAUAUUUUACGUGUAAUUUACCUCAAUUUAACAAGCAUUAACUUUAAGUAAGUGAUAGGAACUAAUAUUUAAUAGUUAAGUAAAGCACCGGAGUUUCUGACUGGUGGACAACUUCCGGUCCUGUGUCAGGUCAAAGAUGCUCGCGCUGAGAGGGUUACAGAGAAUAAAAACGGGUUUAUCUCAAUAUGGAAACCAAGGUUUAAGAAGUGUCAUCACAUGUUCAGAUGUGGUCCAACAGAAGGAGGACAUGCUCGUUAAGAUGAAGAACCCGUUCUUGGAGACACCGACUGGAUGCCCCCUCUGCAAUGUCACAGUGGACUUCAAAAAUAUUCAGCUGCUGUCUCAGUUCGUCUCGCCGUACACGGGCAGAGUUUAUGGUCGACACAUCACAAAAUUGUGUUCAAGGAAACAAAAGGAGAUCUCUAAAGAGAUAAAGAAAGCUCAGUCAAUGGGUUUCAUGUCGGUGACACACAAACAUCCGCAGUUCAUGAAGGAUCCCAACAUCCUCAGCAUGAAAAUAAUUAGUUAAUGUUCAGUGUGUUUAUUUAUGUGACGUUUGUAACGUGGAAGAAAAGAUGCUUGGUUUUAAAUAUCCGUCUGUUAUUGGAGAAUUAAAACUCUGAAUUCUGCUUCAAA